AUGGGAAAUUUACCUUUUCCACAGAGCAGGAAGGAAUCGCCCAGCACAUCUCUGCUCUGCCCCACUGCAGAUGCGUCUGUAGCAGCACUGGAUGGCAAGUCAUCCAAUUAUUUUGCAGCCCUGGAUUCAAACAUUGAAAAUCUGCAGAGAAGAACGCAGCAGCUGAUCGAGAAGAUCAACGAGAACCGGAAGAAAGACCACACUGUCAUGAGCAAUUUCAGGGAGAGCCUCAUGCUGAAGGUUUCGAGUUUGGCGGAGAAGCUGGAGGAAAGCAUGUUUCUCAUUUACGAUCGCCAUAACAAGCAAAUGCAGGAUAAGCUCCAAGAGCUCUCGGAGAUAAUGGAGAGGAUCAGCCAGAUCCAAACAGAGCUCAGACAAGUCUGCCACACUGUGGAGGCAGCUUAUAAAGACUUGUGUGUGCAGUCGGAGGUGUGAGAAUACU